AUGAAAAAUAAGGAUGCUGAAUCAACGAACACUGCUCUCUGCGAGGUGUUCAAAUUAUGGGGACUGCCGCGUGUUAUACAAAGCGACAAUGGACCCCCAUUUAAGAGUACGGCUUUUAUAAGCUUCUGGGAAACAAAAGGAGUGCGAAUUAAUAAAUCGAUUCCACUCAGUCCACAGUCGAACGGAUUAGUUGAACGGCACAAUCAAGCUGUAAUUAAAGCUGUAUCAGCAGCGAAAUUAGAUAGCGUUAACUGGAGGAUGGCAUUAAAUAAGUAUGUGCACCAUCAUAAUACUUUGAUCCCACACUCACGCCUCAAUGUCACCCCGUUCGAGUUGAUGGUGGGAAGAAAAUUUCGUGGAACAUUUCCAAGUUUAUGGAAUGAUUUCAAUAGGAAAACUUUAGAUCGCACUGAUAUAAGAGAGAAAGAUGCUGCAGCUAAACUGGCUAGUAAGCAAUAUGCCGAUUCGGCUAGAGGAGCCAAGGAAUCAUCAGUUCAGAUUGGAGACAAAGUAUAUCUCGCAAAAGAAAGAAAAUCCAAAAUUGAUCCUACCUUCUCUUCGGAGCGAUUCCAAGUUGUAGCACGUCAUGGAGCAAAGGUUGUGGUGAUGAGUCCGACUGGAGUUGAGUAUGAGCGCAAUGUUCGAGAUGUUCAGAAAGUUGAUUGGAGUAACAUGCCUGACGGGGACGAAACAACGGAACAGCGAAUCCCGGAUUUAGCAGCUAGAGGUUCCAGCCCUGAAGGUUCAGUCCGGGCUCAACGCAUCACUAGAAGACCGGCAAGAUUUGGGGAUCAAUUUGUGUACUCCAUAUUCAACUGA